AUGGUCGAUUCAAUUCAAUCAUCGCAAUCAUCAGUGCUUCAUGAAGAAAUUGAAGCAUAUACACGUCAAAUAAUUAUGAAUUAUUUACAAGAAAAUUCAGUUUCUUUUCCAGAUAAAUAUUUCACUCGAAUGGUCAAAACUGGAUUCCUGGAUAAAUUCAUUACAAUGAUGGAGACUGAGUCUGUCAAACAAGAUAAAAUAAAAAAAAUGUUAAACAAACAUAACAUUAGUAUUCCAAGUGAAUUUUAUUCUGGAAUGGUUCGAACUAAUUUGUUGGAACAUCUAUUAAAUGCGACUCAUAAUAUUGAUAGUGGUAGUGAUCCCAACAAGAAUGAGAGAACAAAUACUCCAACAAAUGAUACAGACAAACGAUCAACAGCUAAAAAACAAAAGAAAGUCCAUAUUUGUUCAACAUAUGAAAUACCACUUGCUCAUAAUCAACAGUAUUUAUAUAAACGUGCAAUAACGUAUGAAGAAGCGCAACAACUAUUAAAAAAACCAUUCCCUUGGGAUGAAAAAAUAAAAAACGAAAAUCAUCGAAUUAACCAAUGCCAUGUUAAUGCUGGUACCACUGAUAUACAUGCAUUACAAACAAUUAUCAAUGACCAAUGUACAAUGAUUAGUAAUUUAAUUAAUAAUUCUGUUAAUGCCACCUUUGUUGCUAAUGCAAUUUAUAAUUAUCAUUCUAAAACAGGUCCAAUAUUAACAAGUUGGCGUGACUUAAUUGAUUUAUUUUUUAUAACUUUUUUUGUCAGCUAUCUUGUCUAUUAUCGUAUAUGUAGCAUUGGGUUUCAUCCAUGUGAUAAAAUUAUGGCAUUUUGUUGUAAACCAGUUAUUCUUCGAAUUCAAAAUCAGCAACAACAACAAAAAGAACAAGAACCAACAACAACGACAAUAAUCAAUGAAAAUCCUGUUCCUAAAAAAGCACAACAUCGUCAACUAUCAUCGUCAGUCGCAUUUGUCGAAGAUGAUUAUUUUGUUCGAUUUAAUAAUGGAUAUAUAUCUGAAUAA